AGUGCGUUUCACUAACAUAGCGUAUAUUUACGCAACUUUAGGUUUACGCACAUAAUUUACGCCGAACGUAAAUUAUUGCGUACGCCGUUUCACUAAAAUGUGCGCAAAAUUUACGCUGCGCGUUAGUGUUGUUUAGCCUGUCAGGUGCGCGCGGACGCUUGAGAAAGUCAUCGUCUGCAACAGUAUCUACUGUAAACAAUGGACGCGAAAACGAAGUUAAAGAAAGCGAAUUGGUCCAAAAACGAGUUUGAGACGCUCGUUUGCGAGUACGAGAAUAAAUAUGACGUGCUCGAGGGUGGUCUGUCUAUUUCACUCACUGGAAUGGACAAACGGAAAGCAUGGGAAAGCGUUAUGGACGCUGUCAACAGCACCAGCUUAAUAAGCCGAACUGUGGAUGAAUGCAAGAAGAAGGUUAGCGACCUGAAGGUGAAGGCCCGUAAAAAAGAAAGAGCCAGGGUGCAGUAUGAGCGGGGCACGGGUGGAGGACCCCCUUCAGAGGAAUUGAGUCCUCUAGAAAAAAAGAUGCUGGAACUCCUUCCUUUGGAAUCGGUACAUGGCCAUGAAGAUGGUUUUGAUACCUUCAAGCCCAGUUCUUCAGCAUCAAUGCAUGGUCUGGGUAACUCCUCCAAGUCUGCAGUAAUUGAAUACAAGGUUGAUGACAGCACGCCUGAGCUCAGUGAUAUUCAGUGUCAGCAAAGUCAGAAAGCUGCCAGUGUGAGUUCCACACCAAGUAAGUGUAAUACAACAUAA